AUGGCGCCAAAUGCAACAGAGCAAAGAUGUCUAGAGCCCACAGAAGAUGAUUUCGAAAAGCUAAUACCACCACAGGCUGCACCUCGGAAGUAUCAAAUAGUAUACAGGAAUAUAAUCACCUUUGGGUACGGUCAUAUUGCAGCAUUGUAUGGCCUAUAUCUGGGCCUUAUUCAAGCAAUGUGGAAAACUUUAUUUUUUAAUUACAUACUAUUCGUGCUGGCGACUGUUGGAGUGACAGCGGGGGCGCAUCGGCUGUGGACGCACAGAGCAUACAAGGCAAAAAUGCCCCUACAGAUUAUCCUAAUGCUCAUGAACACUCUGGCAUUCCAGAACACAGCCAUCGACUGGAUACGAGAUCAUCGGAUGCACCAUAGAUAUAGCGACACAGACGCAGAUCCUCAUAAUGCUACUCGUGGGUUUUUCUACUCCCACGUAGGCUGGCUGCUUGUAAAGAAGCAUGAAGAGGUAAAGAAGCGUGGCAAGUUUAUUGAUAUGAGCGACAUCUAUGCAAAUCCUGUACUGAUGUUUCAAAAGAAGUACGCCAUACCAUUUAUUGGUUCUGUCUGCUUUUUGCUCCCAACUUUAGUACCGGUCUACUAUUGGGGUGAGAGCUUGAAUAUCGCCUGGCACAUAUGCCUCUUCAGAUAUAUCUUCAAUCUGAACACAACCUUCCUAGUUAACAGCGCAGCUCAUCUCUGGGGAUACAAACCUUAUGAGAAAGGUAUAAAACCCGUCCAGAACAAAGUAGUCACCUUCAUGGUCUUCGGAGAAGGGUUUCAUAACUACCACCACGUAUACCCUUGGGACUAUCGCACAGCCGAGCUUGGGAACAACCCAAUGAAUUUUACAACGUUAUUUAUAGACCUCUUCGCGAAGAUAGGAUGGGCGUAUGAUUUGAAGUCUGUGCCUGAAGGGAUGAUAGAAGCACGAGCGAGAAGAACUGGUGACGGUAGUGAUUUGUGGGGGAAAAUUAAGGCAGUUUAAAAAUAAUUAAGGUCUCCAGUCGGAACUCUAAACGCGUUUAUUAAUGAAA